AUCCAGUCCGCCAUUGCCCUUCACUUGGCUCCCUGGGACGGACUGCUGCCGAAUAUUCGACCAUACCGAUCGUUUGCUACCGACUUUUGUGCCCCGUGGUGUCCUACUAUGACCGUCGCUUCGGUGGUGUGUACUCUGACAAGCCACCCCACGUUCGUUUGAGUUGUGUUCAAAAAGAGAGAUUGUCAAAGGACUGUUUUCGGGACGAGAUUCACCCUAUGCGGUCGACAUAGACAGCAAAUAACUCCAGAGCGCACUGUUGUUACUCGACAAGUACGGGAUGCUGGCAACGAGAGCCGACAAUGUCGUACCUAGCCGCCGCCCAGUCCGCCCUCUUCUACAUACUCGCCUGCACACCAUGCAACCAACUCCACACCGAACAUAGGACGCGGCAGCAGGCCAGGAGGGAGAGGGAGAUGAAGGAGCGCAUCGUGUCGGAACAACCCCACCUGUACCGGCACCCGGACCCUUUCGACACGAAUCCCUACUGGGACGAGGAGAUUCGCAUGGGGCCUAGCUUGCCUAAGAAGAGGAAGGGGAGCGAUGCGAUAAGCAAGAGCCUCAGCCAGCGGCGACUGACAGCGGCAAGCCGAGAUGGCCGCCCGAGCAUUGGCACCGGGAGUAGCGCUGUGAUCAGCAUGUCGGAGAUGGGGUCAAUCGCUAGUCCGAGACCGUCCCUCGGCCCAGCUGACUUGCCCAGUGCCGGGAGCGCCCCGACGGUAGUACCAGAGGAGUACCCGGCAAGCCCAACACUCAGCAAGACGGUAUCGAUAUCAACGAGCGCCGACUGGAACUACAAACGGUAUCAGAGAGAGGAUGAGGAACUGUGGGGCCACGAGCCCACAUGGUCCGGACACAAACUCAUGGACGCCAUCAAACACGCCAGCACCUCGGCCGGCCGCUACAUGGAGUCAAAGCUCGGAUUGGAGAAGCCGAUCACAGACGAGGACCGGCACAACUUCUACUCGACGCCCAGGAAUCCGCCCGUAAACGAAUACCACCCACCCGUCGUCAGCAGCAAGCCCGCUCACAGGGACGCCCUCCGAUGGAUGCUCCAACCACCACCCCCGGCAAAGGUUAUGGAGGGCAAGGUACCCGUCACGAGGAGCGCGAGCAUGGUGAGCGCGGCGUCCAGGAGAACGGUAUCGACCCGGGACGCAGGUUCGCUCGGGAGGUUAGUGGGCGAGAGGGCCGUCGAGGCCAGGAUUCGGAGGGGAGAGACGCCGCUAGAUGAUGAGCUGCGGUCCAACCCAUCCUUAAAGAAAACAAGGUCCCGCGUGUCAUCAGCAAGGAGGACCAGGAGUCGGCGCACAGCGAGGACGAGCUGCUCCUCGUCAGACUCGGAGGACGACUGGGAGCAGGCGAGCCGCAGGAGGCGGCGGACCAGCCACCGUGCCCCCCAGGUGGACUCGGAUACCGAAGACGAGGGGGUGUACGUGUCGAGGAGUCCCGAAUCGAUCAGCAACACCUCGCUGCCGAGCCACGCCGCCCAGAAGCCAAGGCUGCCUACCAUUCUAAGUUCGGGAUUCGACGACAGGGGCUCCUCGGGGAUCGAUAACAACGGACCAGCGCACCCUUUGCGCACAACCACCAACCUUAUCCCGAAGUCGGAGUUGGCCAAACCGAUGGCUCAGCCGACCAUUUCUAUCAACGCCAACAUGGCGAUACCAGCCUAAGCCGCUCGCUAGGACCUUCUUU